AUGGAAUCAAUAAAAGUAAUAUCCAUAACGAACGCAGAACUGAUAAUUGCUCGUACGAGGGAGAAAAAAGCACUCCAAUCACCCAUUGAUUCCUGUCUUUGGAAAAAUAAAAUCAACUGCUGCUCUCUUGUCCCCAUUUUUUCCUAUUUCAGUGACUUGCAUACGAAAAGUGACCUUCGGAAUAUUAUCCACAGUGUCAAAGCGGGAAUCGCCCUUGUUUUGGUUUCACUUUUGUUCCUCGUGAAACCUUUGCAUGAUCGAGCUGGGGAUGAUCCAGUGUGGGCUAUCAUGACUGUUGUUGUACUCUUUGAAUUCUAUGCAGGAGGCACACUAGGAAAGGGUUUCAACCGUGCACUGGGAACUCUUUUAGGAGGAGGACUGGGUUACUCAUCAGCAAUUUUAGCCCAGUACAUGGGAGGGAUUGCCAACUUUAUGAUCGUUGGUGUUUCAAUAUUUAUCUUUGGAUCAAUUGCUACAUAUUUUCGAACGGUUCCACGCAUCAAGAAAAGAUACGAUUACGGAUGUAUGAUAUUCAUAAUGACUUUCAGUCUAGUUGUGGUGUCCGGCGUACGUGUAGCUGAUAAAAACAAUGUAUGGAACACAGCAAAACAACGUCUCUUCACAAUUCUAGUUGGUUUGUUUAUUGGCAUUUGUGUGAGCUUGUUCAUCUUUCCCUUGUGGGCCAGCGAUGAACUUCAUCAUUCCACAGCUUCACGAUUCCUAAACCUUGCCAAUACAGUUCAAGGUUGCUUAGAGGAAUAUACCAAAUCCAAUAAUAAAAAGGAAAGCCGACCUCCUGCGGGCUUUGCUGCUUGCAAGGCGAUAUUGACCUCCAAGUCCAAGGAUGAACUAUUGGCAAAUUUCGCAAAAUGGGAACCUUGGCAUGGAAAAUUUGGAUUUUCCCACCCUUGGGAAAAGUACCUAAAGAUUGGAGAGGUUCUUCGAGAACUGGCUGUAUACAUUAUUGCUGUGGGAAGUUGUCUACAAGCCUCAGAACAAGCCAUGGAAUCUCUGAGGCAGUCAAAAUGGGUACAUAUAGAACCGUGCGAAGCAGUUGGGUCAAGGAUUGUGUGGACUUUGCGAGAACUCGGAGACAGCAUGAAGCAAAUGAGAAAAUGUGAAACAGAGGGCAGCAUGUUGGCCAAGUUAAAAGCAGCGAGAGCAGAGCUAAACUUGGUGAUUUCCACGUCCAAGAUAUCAAAACUUGAGAACGACGAAGUGCUAGCAAUUGCAAAUUUGGUGUCAUUGCUCCUGGAAGUGGUGGAGAAGGUUGAGGAAUUAGUGAAAGAGGUGGAUGAACUCGGAGAUUUAGCUGGUUUUAGUACCCACAUUUGGACUCAAAUCUAA